AUGGCAAAUUUGUAUAUAAUUAUUUCUGAUUUGGCCAUACAAUUCAUCAUAAUCAACAUUUUAGUAGGAGGGAAUGCAGCCGAGACAUUUAACAUCCAAACAUAUGGAGCAGUGGGUGAUGGAGUGAAUGAUGAUUCCGAGGCAUUUACCAAUGCUUGGAAUGCAGCUUGUAAUGUGUCCUCUGCAACUUUGUUAGUGCCAGACGGUAAGACAUAUCUUGUAAACAAUUUGGUUUUUGAAGGACCUUGUGCAGCAGGAUUCAUAUUUCAGGUAGAUGGAAAUAUUAAUGCACCUGCAGAUCCAAAUAGUUGGAAAGACAAAACCAUAUGGUUGCAAUUUGAUAAACUUAAACAAUUCACAUUGCAAGGGAGUGGAACCAUUGAUGGACAAGGAAGUAACUGGUGGUCCAGGGGAGAUGGAGGUGAUGUACCCUUGGCCAUUCAGUUUAAUGGUGGUAACCAGGUCACAAUCCAAGGACUAUCAAUAGUGAAAAGUCCUAGCUUUCAUUUGACUUUCACUAGUAGCAAAAGCAUCCAAAUCCUUUCUGUGAAAAUAAAUGCACCAGGUACAAGUAUCCACACAGAUGGAAUUGAUAUAAAUGGCCAGUCUACAGACUUUCGCAUAAUAAACUGUAAAAUAGGCACAGGUGAUGAUUGUGUUUCCAUUGGUAAUGGGUCAAGUAAUAUCUACAUUGAAGAUCUUACAUGUGGCCCAGGUCAUGGUAUAAGUGUGGGAAGUCUGGGGAAAGGAAAUACUCAAGCACAAGUUUCCAAUGUGCAUGUAAAUGGGGCCACCUUGACUGCAACUACAAAUGGAUUACGAAUCAAAACAUGGCAGGGUGGAUCAGGGUCGGCCAAUGGUAUAAUAUUUGAGAAGGUUACAAUGGACAAUGUGGCAAACCCAAUUAUUAUUGAUCAAUACUACUGUGAUUCGCCCACACCUUGUUCUAAUCAGAGCUCUGCUGUUAAAAUAUCUAAUGUGACAUACAAUGGAAUAUCUGGCACCUCAUCAACACCAGUGGCGGUGAGAUUUGCAUGCAGUACUACAGUAGGUUGCACAGACAUAACAUUGAGCGAUAUAUCAUUGAGAUUAAAAUCAGGGGGUCCAGCUCAGUCCUACUGUCUGAAUGCGCAAGGACAAACUAGUGAGCCUGUAGAUCCUCCAAGUUGUCUCAGUAGUUGA